AGCUUUGUCACACCAUUUAUUUUCUGACACCGAAUUAACAACAACAACCUCGUCAUCCUCAUUUUGAUCUAUUCUCUCUCUCUCUCUCUCUCACACAGCAAAAAAAAUAUCUCUAGAUUUUGAAAAUGAGGAGGAACUGCAACUUGGAACUUCGCCUUUUUCCUUACUCCGAUUCCGAUCUCCAUCCCGACAUGGAAGAACGAUGUGGAAGCUCAUCGGAAGAGAAACACCAGGAGCAACAGCAACUGCAGCAGCAACAGCAGCAGCAGCAGCAGCAACAGCUGACAAUCUUUUACAAUGGCAAGAUUUGCGUUUCUGAUGUUACAGAGCUUCGGGCAAGAAGCAUUCUAUUGCUUGCUACCAGAGAAGCGGAGGAAAGGAUGAGAACUCCAACUGGGUCGGAGCCCUGUUCACCAGCCGUGAAAUCGCCGGCAUACAGCCCUACUGCCGGUCUUUACAUGAAGAGAUCGCUCCAAUGUUUUCUCCAGAAGCGGAAGCAUCGAAUCCAAGCAACAUCACCAUACAAUCAUUAGGUAGCUAGGCACGUAGAAUCUCAUGUGGAAUAUCGAUCAUAUCCAAUUUCAUUCAAUAGUUUAAUGUACUGCAUGGAGAGAAGAAAAAUGAUGUUGUAGAGUUGCUACAAAUCAUUUUUUUGUGCUUAACGAGAUUUGGGCCUUGUAAAUUAUUCGUUUAUUAGUGAUGCUUUUAAAAUGGAAAAUAUGUUCUUCACUCGAUUAAAGUUCAAUUUGAUUCCCAAGUUUUAUCA